CAAAUAACACCAUCUACACGGCAAAAACUAAUCUGGAAUCGGCCUUUUGCACGUUCAACAUGGCGGACCAGUCGGAGAGAGCGUUCCAGAAACAACCAACUGUGUUUCAAAACAAGAAGCGUCUCCUGGGAUCAGGCAAGAAAGCUGCUCGUCUUGUGCGAAAUGUUGGACUGGGAUUCAAAACUCCAGAAGAGGCCAAGAAUGGAAAUUACAUCGACAAGAAAUGUCCGUUCACAGGGAAUGUUCACAUCCGCGGGCGAAUCCUGUCGGGUGUCGUCACCAAGAUGAAGAUGCAGAGAACGGUGGUCGUCCGCAGGGAUUAUCUGCACUACAUCAAGAAGUACAAUCGCUUUGAGAAACGCCACAGAACGAUCUCCGCACACUUGUCACCUUGCUUCAGAGAUGUACAGCUUGGCGAUAUUGUUACAAUCGGAGAGUGUCGACCACUGAGCAAGACAGUACGCUUCAACGUCCUUAAAGUCACCAAGGCCCCUGGAUCUGAGAAGAAACAAUUCCAGAAGUUUUAAGUUCAUGAUAAAUACCACAAAAAAAAACGAAAACCUGAAAAAAGGUUGAUCGUGGAGAAAAAAAACCAACACACUAACUAUACAAUGUAGAUUGCGAGUCGAUUUUGCGCUGUAAAAAGUGUUUAAAAGACUUGAGGAACAAAUUCCCAUACAACUGCUAAACUUUGCAAUGUAUACUUUCAAGAUUUUCACAAACAAGGGGUUAAACAAUGUGAUUCAAAGAAGAUUUGGUUGAAUAAAAAAGUGAAAGAACAAGAGAAAA